AUGUCCAUACUCAAAGAUGUACAGAAAACAAACGACUUCAAAACCGUUCCUCAACCCACCAAAUUUUCCGUCGCAGACCUAGAAUCUCUCUCCAAUCCCGCAAUUGCCUACAAACUGCCGUUGGCGGUGAUUGCACUAGUGGAUAUGAACGCGUUUUUCGCACAAGUGGAACAAACUCGACUAAAUCUCUCCAUUGAUGAUCCGGUGGUUUGCGUUCAAUGGCUGACCCUCAUUGCAGUUUCGUACGCCGCUCGAAAAUAUGGCAUAAAUCGGAUGGAUAAUGUUAAAUCGGCACGGGAAAAAUGUCCCGAUGUGAUUCUUGCUCAUGCUGCUGUGUUCAAAAAGGGAAAUCCAUAUUGGUCUUAUGUUGAUGGACUUCCCAACCAAGCAGAGCACAAGGUUUCCCUCGAUCCUUAUCGGCGAGAAAGCCGGAAAAUCAUCAAAAUCAUCAAGCAGCACUGUGACGUGGUCGAGAAAGCGAGUGUGGACGAAUGUUACAUGGACUUGGGGCGUGAAGUUCACAAGAGACUACUUUUGGAAUUUCCUCAACUUCGUCAAUUGGGGCUGAAAUUACCUGAUAUACCGCCGCAACUCCCGGAAUCGCUUUAUUGGCAGGGAGAAACAGUCAGAACCGAAGCAGAAGAUGCCGAAUUACAACUGAGAGAAAACGUUUCCUCGUCACAAAAACCUCCAGCAUCUCCUCCUACAAUUUCUGAUUGGGAUGAUAUUUGCGUACUUAUCGGUGCUCAGGUUCUCUACAAAAUCAGGAAACUCAUCUACGACGAGCUCUCAUAUACUACUUCGGGCGGAAUUGCCAGAAACAAAUUUCUUGCUAAACUCGCAGCAGGAUUCAAUAAACCAGACAAUCAAACCAUCAUCAGGCUGGCCCUGAUUCCUAAUUUUUUGACCAAUUUUCAGUUUAACGAUGUUUCAGGAAUGGGAGGGAAAACAGGCGAUACCGUACUAGCACGCUUCGAUACCCCACCAGGUGUCAAUUCAUUUACUCAUCUUCGUGAAAAUUACACUUUACAAGAUAUUCAAAAAGAGUAUCCUCAAGAUCCACAAUUUGCCCAGAAAAUCUACGAUAUAGUUCGAGGCGAUGACAAACAACCUCUAAGGCUUCGAACAGACGUGAAAUCCAUGAUGUCAAGAAAAAAUUUUAUUCCUCAAAGACCAGUAAAGACGCUUUUUGAUAUUUUUUCUUGGUUGAAAGUGUAUGCCGGUGACCUUCAUAAUCGAUUUAUCGACUUGGACGACGAGAAUAUGAACCUUCUGAUGCUGCUGGUGUCACACAAGGAGAAAGGGGUGCUUGUUCGCCCCAAAACUAUGAGCUUACAGAUUGGGUUUUUGUCGGGUGCAAGAAUAUCAAAGCAAGUUACCCUUCCUGUGUUUCGCUCGCUUGAUAAAUUGCACCAAGUAGUCGAGUCUACCAGCUUAAAAUUGAUGAAGGAGAUGCUUGAGCUGAGUGGAAAAAUCGAGGAUUCCGGCGGAACAGAUAUCAAGAAGAUUGACUUUAACGAUGAUGAAAAACUUAAAAAAAUCAAGGUGAACCCAAUUUUAAACUGUGCAUUGAUCGUCUCAAAUUUCACCGUCACUUCCGAUUCCAGCCUUAUAGACCGCUACGUUGGAGAUUCCGGAGCCCAAGAUACGGAAGAAACGAUCAAACGAAUGUUUGAUGCUGUAAAAGAAGAACAAGCAUCCAAACCACCAUCGCCCAAAAAGCCCAAAACUGCGAAAGUUGAUAACGAUUAUAUCACCAAACUUUUCAGCGAUUACAAGCUGAGAAAAACAGAAAACGUUCCAAAACGCGAAAAGAAAGAAUCUUCCCCCAAACCUGAUAUAUUUGCAAGGCUAAAUAGCCAGGCUUCAAAACAGUCGACUUUUGCAAUCAAAGACGGGUACUGCACACAGUGCAACUGCAAAAUCGACGACGAACCAGAGCACCGCGAUUACCACUAUGCCCUCGAGUUGUCGGAGAAAUUGAACCUGUCCCAGCCCACCCUCCAGUUCAAGCGUAAGUGA